CGUUGCGGCCUUAUCUCAGCUCAACAUGAACUAUAUGCCCGGCACCGCCAGCCUCAUCGAGGACAUCGACAAAAAGCACUUGGUCCUGCUGCGAGAUGGAAGGACACUUAUAGGCUUUUUGAGAAGCAUUGACCAAUUUGGUAUCUUGUGGUCAUCCCCUCUCCCCACUGAUGAGAAAAACACAUUUUCGGCGUUCAGGAAGGGGCUUUCCGUGAAGUUUCACAGUUACUGGUUAUAACAAAAGCCUCAGGUGUGAGAAACAACAUCACUACUAAAGUUGCUGUUCCGGCUUCACCAACAGCUAUUCAAAACAAGGUUCCCCUGAGAUCCAGCAUUUAACUAAGCCUUCAGCUGGGAGCAUUUAAGACACAGAACUCAGGGUCACAGCCACAGCUGCGGGACUCAGAGGCAGACCUUGACGGGCUCGGGAAGGACGGAAGGAACCACCUUUGAGAGCAGAGGCAACAGCAGCCGCAGCAGCUACAUUACCGCAACCAGCCGCCAGGAAACAAUGCUCCAGGCAACGUUUAAGCUGUGUGCUGGGAGCUCCUACCGGCACGUGCGCAACAUGAAGGGGUUGAGGCACCAGGCUGUGCUGGCCAUUGGCCAGGAGCUGAACCGGAGGGCCCUGGGGGGCCCGACCCCCAGCACAUGGAUUAAUCAGGUCCGGAGGCGGAGUUCUCUGCUUGGUUCCCGGCUGGAAGACACUCUCUAUAGCGAGCAGGAGCUGGCCUAUAUCAACCAAGGAGAGGAGGCCAUGAAGAAGGCCCUGGGCAUCCUCAGCAGCCAGGAGGGCUGGAAGAAGGAGAACCAGCAGGCCAAUGGAGACAAAGUGCUGAGUAAAGUGGUCCCAGACGUGGGCAAGGUUUUCCGGCUGGAGGUGGUGGUGGACCAGCCCAUGGAGAGGCUUUAUGAAGAGCUUGUGGAACGCAUGGAGGCCAUGGGAGAGUGGAACCCCAAUGUCAAGGAGAUCAAGGUCCUGCAGAAGAUUGGAAAAGACACAGUGAUCACCCACGAGCUGGCUGCAGAAUCAGCAGGAAACCUCGUGGGGCCCCGGGACUUCGUGAGUGUGCGCUGUGCCAAGCGCCGAGGCUCCACCUGCGUGCUGGCUGGCAUGGCCACGCAGUUCGGGCAGAUGCCUGAGCAGAAAGGUGUCAUCAGAGCUGAGCAUGGCCCCACUUGCAUGGUGCUCCACCCUCUGGCUGGGAGUCCAUCAAAGACCAAACUCACUUGGCUGCUCAGCAUUGACCUCAAGGGAUGGCUGCCAAAGACUAUCAUCAAUCAAGUCCUAUCACAGACCCAGGUGGACUUUGCCAACCACCUGCGCAAGCACCUGGAGUCCAGUCCUGCUCCUGAGGCCAGGUGUUGAAGACCAGCCUGUGGCUUCCCACUGUUCCCGCUGCAUUGGCUUGUGUGCUCAUCAGGAAAAUCCCUUCCAGAAGCCUGGGAGUCUGCUUGAGAUCAUCUGGGGACUGUGGGUGGGGUGGUAGUGUAUUUACAUUAUGAUAUUAGGACUCACAUUGAUAAAAUUUUAGUACCAAGAAAAUAGGGAUGGUCUCAUAUAGAGGUCAAGCCUCCUAAUUUCAUUCACUGAAUAGCUGGAAAAUGAAGGUUAAGGGUCUCAAAAUAUCUGUAAAAUUUUUCUCUGGCCCUUACAAGUCUACCUAAAAACACCUUAAAAUGCUACUAGCUGAGAGAGGGUACAGAGGGUGCUAAAUACAAGGAUUGGGACCUCAUGCUUUAUGGGCUCAAGAGUUCCACUCCCUGCAGGCAGUGUGUGUGGAAUAUUAGGGUCUUACAAGAGGGGCUCCAGCAACUCUCUGCCCCUCCACCAAGCAAGCAGAGAGCUGCACCAAAGUGCGGGCAACUCCCCACAGCAGGUGCCUUCCAGAGACCUAGUUCAGGUUUUCUAGACCAAAAAAAUACAAAAAUAAUUAUUAGGCUGAUUUCCCUACUACUUCCACGAGCACCAGUCAGAAUAAAGAAUCGUAACUGAUACAAAAACUUCAGUCUGUACCUGUUUUAAAAUUCUACUCUUAAGAAAUCUAUUUGAGUAAAUGUCAACUUCACACUAAAGGAGUCCUAGAUAAAAAUCUUAAAUUUUAAUCCCCUAACUCAUUAAAAGGAAAAACUACCGGGGACUUAUAUCAUUCAAUUAUUUAGAAUCUGUUAUCAAAACCUUUCAUAAAAUUUAAUUUCUAGGAUAAGCACAAGCCUAAUUCUUAAGAGCACUAAAAUUGGUACCUGAUUAAUGGGUAUUCAAAGGUGAAAAUCAUGACUGAGGAUUUUUAUUUACUUAAUUAAAAGGAAGGAUAGUCUGACUUUGGGUGGUGAACACAUAAUACAAUAUACAGAUGACAUAUUAUAGAACUGUACACCUGAAACUAUAUAAGUAUUACUAAGAUAACAUUAAAAAUAAAUUUUAUUAUUUUCUCAUUAGUGACUAUUUAGACCUAACAAGGCAACUGAAUCUUUACUUCAGUCUAUUGUAUCAGCUCUCAGCUUGGCUCAGGGAUGCCAAUUUCUCUGCUUUAGUAGGUCAAUAUUUUACUAUUUUGAGAGAUGGCUGGAAAAAGGGGUAAUAUGAUGAUAGCAAAUUCCCCUUCUGAGAGUCAGAAAAUUUAUGCUUUAAAAAUAUAAACUGGGAUGGGGUUACUUUGCUAAAAUGUAUACAACUUGAAGCUUUCCCAUUCUAGUGCUAAUAGCAUUGAUGAUUUAUACCAUUUGAAAAUAGAGUUCUAUCUUAUUUAUUAAACAAUUAGCAACAGCAGAAAUUCUGAUAUUUAUUAACGUAUUGAAAAUUUACAAUUAGAGAUAUUUAUUAUUAUUUAUUCUGAUUGUUUCAUUGUUUCUUGGUCUAUUUUUGAAAUAGGUAUAAUUACUGUUUAUCUGUCCAGGAGCUUCAGAGUGAGAGGGGAUAGUUGUAGAAGUAUUUUCUAGAACAGAAAUAUCAUCUACUCCCCAGUAAGAGAAAAUAGUUGUUUGGAGAUGUAUAGAGCAAUAUAUACCCUGGUUUCAAAAGAGAACAUAUCAAUAGUAAAGAAAUGGGCUUUCAACACAUAACAUGGUUUUGAGCUUGAUUAUAAUUUGCCUUCUUCAAACUAUGCAACUGUAUCUUUGAAAUGACUGGGGAGAUAUUCUCCCACUUGUUUAACUUUGAAUAAAGUAAGUUGUAAUGAUCUAUUUACAAAAACCAUUUUA